UGAUUUCAUAGAGAGAUAAUGAUACGCUACAACCACAAUCUCCUGAUUUAUAUAUCUAUAUUAACAAAAUACAUUUGUCAGACGCAUUUAAUGAUCUAAAGUUAAUUAUAUACAACAUAAAUAACAGUUGUUAUUUAUAUUUUUUUUUACUAUAAAUUCGGCUGAGUCAUAGAAUAUCAAUAAUGGCUUCUUCGUCAUACACGAAACACUGUCUGGACUCUUUGGAGAAUCUUCCGGUUGAGUUACAACAAAACCUCACUCUGAUGCAAAACAUUGACUCGAUAGCUCAACAACAGAUGCACAACAUUGACAAAUUAGUAACCGAUUUUGUGUUAAAUGGAAAGGUCUUAUCGGGAAACAAAAAAAAAAUAACUUUAAUUAACAUACAACGUCAGUUUGAAAAAGCAAAAAAAUACUCUGAUGACAAAGUUCUAUUGGCUAAACAAACUUGUGAGUUGGUGGAUAAAAAUAUUAAGGGAGUAGAUUCAAUAUUAGAAAAAUUAGAAGAUGAAAUUUAUGAAAGAGUCUUAAACACCUCGAAAAAUGUUCCAAACAAAACAACUGAAAAAAAACAAUUGAUAAAAGGAGUUGUAAAACCAUCAAGUAAAUCUGGCUGGCUUCCAGAUAUAAGAAAAACACCAUCUUUGGUCAGUGUUGACUCUAAUCCGACAAACCCUACCAAUAUUGUAGCCAGUGGUAAAGUAGAGGCUGAUUCCCUUGUUAGUGAAUUAGGUUGUGCUGGGGUUGCAUAUUCGAACGAACAAUUACAAAUUCCUGUCUAUCCAAACGAACUGACCUAUUGUUUAUGCAAAGAAGUUUCAUAUGGUAAAAUGAUAGCCUGUGAUAAUCCAGAAUGUCCUUUUGAAUGUGUUAAAAUAACUACCAAGCCUAAAGGAAAAUGGUUCUGUCCAAUAUGUAAAACAAACAAGAUGAAAAAAUAAUAUAUUUUAAAAUUUAUAAGUUUCUUUUUAUUUUAUUCAUACAUAAUAUAGUUAUACAUUCAAAUAAUAUACCAGCUAUAGUAUCAAUACCAUAAUAUUAUUAUUGUC